AUGCAUGAAAUAUGCCUCCCGAUGAGGUAUCAUCAUCUAUUUACCUACCUAUCUAUCUAUAUCAGUCUCUUAAUUAUCUAUCUGCCUAUCUAUCUAAAUAAAUCUUUAUCUAUCUAUCUAUCUAUCUAUCUAUCUAUCUAUCUAUCUAUCUCGGUCUUCUAUCUAUCUAUCUAUCUAUCUAUCUAUCUAUCUAUCUAUCUAUCUAGUUCAGUCUCUUCAUUGUAUAUCUAUCUAUCUAUCUAUCUAUCUAUCUAUCUAUCUAUCUAUCUAUGUCAGUCUCUUCAUUGUAUGUCUGUCUGUCUGCCUGCUUAUCUAUCUAUCUCGGUCUCCUAUCUAUCUAUCUAUCUAUCUAUCUAUCUAUCUAUCUAUCUAGGUCAGUCUCUUCAUUGUAUGUCUAUCUAUCUAUCUAUCUAUCUAUCUAUGUCAGUCUCUUCAUUGUAUAUCUAUCUAUCUAUCUAUCUAUCUAUCUAUCUAUCUAUCUAUGUCAGUCUCUUCAUUGUAUGUCUGUCUGUCUGCCUGCUUAUCUAUCUAUCUCGGUCUCAUCAUAUCUAUCUAUCUAUCUAUCUAUCUAUCUAUCUAUCUAUCUAUCUAUCUAGGUCAGUCUCUUCAUUGUAUGUCUGUCUGUCUGCCUAUCUAUCUAUCUAUCUAUCAACGUCAGGCUACUAUCUAUCAGAUAGAUACUGUAAAUUCUUAUGUAUAAGCCAAUAUCUAUCUAUCUAUCUAUCUAUUUUCAUCAUUUCAUAUCUAUCUAUCUAUCUAUCUAUCUAUCUAUCUAUCUAUCUAUCUAUGUCAAUCUCUUCAUUGAAUAUCUCUAGCGAUCUAUCUAUCUAUGCCAGUUUCAUCAUUGCAUAUCUAUCUAUCUAUCUAUCUAUCUAUCUAUCUAUCUAUCUAUCUAUGUCAGUCUCUUCAUUGUAUAUCUGUCUAUCUCAGUCUCUUAAUCAUCUAUCUAUCUAUCUAUCUAUCUAUCUAUCUAUCUAUCUAUCUAUCUAUCUAUCUAUGUCAAUCUCUUCAUUGAAUAUCUAUCUAGUGAUCUAUCUAUCUAUGCCAGUUUCAUCAUUUCAUAUCUAUCUAUCUAUCUAUCUAUCUAUCUAUCUAUCUAUGCCAGUCUCUUAA